UCACACCUCAUCAUCGUCAUCGUUAGUUGUUGGUCAUUGGUCGCUGAAGGUCGCCGUUUAGGGCAUUAAAAACCAGGUGACUUCGUCAAAGGUAACUCAAUACGUCUUUGGCAUUACAACGAAGAUGAGGUGCGAUCAUCAGGUGCAAUUUUUGCUGCUCCUCGUGCUCUGUAUUUGGAGUACUGGAGCUCAUUCUCUGGGAGCAGGAGGAGGAGGCGGAGUGGGAGCCAUUGGAGGAGUGGGUGCAAUAGGAGGAGUGGGUGCCAUUGGAGGACUGGGUGGUAUUGGUGGAGUCCAGCAAGUGCCAGUUAUCCAGCAAGUCCCAGUUGUCCAGCAAGUGCCCCUCAUCCAGCAGCAGCAACCCCAAGCUCUGGGACUCGCUGGUGGCGGUGGAUUCAUUGGCGGCGGCAUUGGAGCAGGAGCCGGCUUUGGACGCUACAAGGAGAGCUAUCGGGUGAGAGCCAGAGGCCUGGGAGGUGGAUUCCGUGCCCGCUAUGACAAGAAAUACGGCGGCGGCUUUGCAGGAUUCGGAGCUGCCGGUGGAGCGGGCAUAGGCGGUGGAGCUCUUUUAGGAUAA